AUGCUGCAGGAUAAGGGCCUGUCGGAGAGCGAGGAGGCCUUCCGGGCCCCGGGCUCGGCGCUCGGCGAGGCCAGCGCUUCCAACGCCGCCAACGCCCCCGAGCCCGCGCUGGCUGCGCCGGGCCUCAGCGGAGCCGCGCUCGGCAGCCCCCCGGGCCCCGGCGCCGACGCCGCCGCCGCCGCUGCCGCCGCCGCCGCGGAGCAGACCAUCGAGAACAUCAAGGUGGGCCUGCAUGAGAAGGAGCUCUGGAAGAAGUUCCACGAGGCAGGCACCGAGAUGAUCAUCACCAAGGCGGGCAGGAGGAUGUUCCCCAGCUACAAGGUAAAAGUCACAGGCAUGAACCCCAAGACCAAAUAUAUCCUGCUGAUUGACAUCGUCCCUGCGGAUGACCACCGCUACAAAUUCUGUGACAACAAAUGGAUGGUGGCAGGGAAGGCUGAGCCGGCCAUGCCAGGAAGGCUGUAUGUCCACCCCGAUUCUCCUGCCACUGGGGCCCACUGGAUGCGGCAGCUGGUCUCCUUCCAGAAGCUGAAGCUCACAAACAACCACCUGGACCCCUUCGGCCAUAUCAUCCUCAACUCCAUGCACAAGUACCAGCCACGGCUGCACAUCGUGAAGGCUGAUGAGAACAACGCUUUCGGCUCCAAAAACACAGCCUUCUGCACCCAUGUGUUCCCAGAGACUUCCUUCAUCUCUGUGACCUCCUACCAGAAUCACAAGAUCACACAGCUGAAGAUUGAGAACAACCCUUUUGCCAAGGGAUUCCGGGGCAGUGACGACAGUGACCUGCGUGUAGCCCGGUUGCAGAGCAAAGAAUAUCCUGUGAUCUCCAAAAGCAUCGUGAGGCAGAGGCUCGUCUCCACCCAGCUCUCAGCCAAGCCUGACGUCAGCCCCCUGCAUGGUGCCCACCAGGCGCUCCAGCACUACCAGUAUGAGAAUGGGGCUCACAUGCAGUUUGCUGCAGCUGAGCCACAGGACCUUCCCCUCAACACCUUCCCGGCCCAGAGGGACUCAAGCCUCUUCUAUCACUGCCUGAAAAGACGAGCAGACAGUGCCCGCCAUCUGGACCUACCUUGCAAGCGAUCCUAUCUGGAAGCUCCCCCUGCAGUGGGAGAGGAUCAUUAUUUCCGUUCUCCCCCUCCCUACGACCAGCAGAUGCUGAGCCCCUCCUACUGCAGUGAGGUGACCCCAAGAGAAGCCUGUAUGUACUCAGGUUCGGGGCCCGAGAUUGCCGGGGUGUCUGGGGUGGACGACUUGCCCCCACCCCCCCUGAGCUGUAACAUGUGGACGUCAGUCGCCCCGUACACAAGCUACAGUGUUCAGACCAUGGAGACUGUGCCUUACCAGUCCUUCCCCGCCCACUUCACCGCCACCACUAUGAUGCCUCGGCUGCCCACUCUCUCGGCUCAGAGCUCCCAGCCGCCGGGAAACACGCACUUCAGCGUCUACAAUCAGCUCUCACAGGCUCAGGUCCGGGAGCGGGGGCCCGCUGCCUCCUUCCCGAGGGAGCGCGGCCUCCCCUCCGUGUGCGAGAGGAAGCCCCCCUCGCCACACCUGAAUGCUGCCAAUGAGUUUCUCUACUCUCAGAGCUUCUCCCUGUCCCGGGAAGCGUCCUUACAGUAUCAUUCAGGAAUGGGAACUGUGGAGAACUGGACUGACGGAUGACUCCCAUGUCCGGCGACAGCCCAGGACCAUGUUAAUCCAGUGUUAACCUCUGUGGGUGGCCUGCGCUACCGAGAAACACAGGAAGAUUUUUCUGGCAAUUACAAUCUAUUGGAAGAAAAGCAAAGGGUACAGGAAGAGGAAGAAACAGAACAUUAGAAACAGAGAGAGUCACAAGUUUCUCUUCUGGAUUCUUUAACAAAAGUUACUGAUCAGUGACACAAAUCCAGAUGAGAAGUUUUUGAAAGUGCACGAAAAGGCGAAAAAUACCAGGCCCUCUCAAUUCGUACCAGAGACAGAAGGCGAUUGAAAACGCAACGGGAUGCCGCUCCUCUGGUCGAUGGCAUUUUAAUGCCUUAUUAAACGGGCCUUUUACAGCAGUCUGUCUGUUCGGUCUCUGGGCCCGUGCCUGUACUUUGUGAGCAGGGAUUUUAUCUUUCCUGCCGGCUGAAAAUAUUUUCCGAAUUCCCUAUAAAAGUUUUCGAGAUUUCCUAAGACAAAUAGAGCUCCACCAGCUCUGAAAUGACCUCGAUGCAGUCGGAAUUACGUUCAGACACAUGCUCUCUCCCUGUUUACACAAAGAACUGAACUUCACUUGUACUCAUUAGCUGUCGUUACGACUACACCAAAGUUGCUCCACGAAUGUGCUGGUGCGUGAAAACACAACUCUACCUGGGAUGGCUCCCCAGAAUCCCAUCAUUUACUGGCCACCCUCUCAAAGCCUCAUCCUGGCUUUGAAGGCAGCGUCAAGAAAGAUCAAUCCAGCCUGUCCUGGGUGAGCGGUUGACAUAAGAGCGUGCAGCAAGCACAGGCUAUAGGGAAGCAGCCAGACCUACAACAGAACCACGACUGUCAAAGACCACAAAGCCGCCUAGAAGAAAAUCAGCCGAGUCCUUUGGCUUACUGGCCAGUGUUUAAAAUUUUAUGAAAAUAUGUUGUUCAGAAGGAAGCUGGAUGUAAAAAGCCUUGAAAUAAGCCACAAGUCAGGCAAUCUAGUGUUAUGGAAAGAACCGGGAACAGACAUAGGUUCAAAUCUCAUUUCUGGCACAAUUUAGCAUGUGA